AUGAACGUGGCCACGCUAGCGUACGACCGGCGUAUCCGCGGCGUGUACCAAGCAACGCUGCUGAGCAUAGCGUCAGCGUGGCUGCACACAAUCUGCUGGAUACUGUCGACGCUGCUGAUCGUGGCGCGCGUACUGCUCGCCGUCGACUUCACACUAGUGCACGUCAGAGCGCAGCUCAUCGCGUCGGCGUGGUUGCACACAAUCUGCUGGAUACUGUCGACGCUGCUGAUCGUGGCGCGCGUACUACUCGCCGUCGACUUCACGCUAGUGCACGUCAGAGCGCAGCUCAUCGGCAAUAUGGAUGAUAUACUGCAAAGGCAUGAAAGGCAGAUUCAUUCUUUUAACGCAGAGGGUACGAAGCCAUACAAAACUGAUAUUGACGAAGAAGAUUCAGAAGAGGAAUUAUUCGUUACAACAAACGCGAAAGGAUAUGAACAAACCGUGCCCCAACUUUUGGUACUAGCAAGUGACAGCAAAGUAGGUGACUUUGACAUUCCGCAGACAUUCUCUUCUUCGCUAUCAUUAGUCCCUGAAGAAAGGGUAAGAUUACUUGAGAUGUAUAUACGUGAGCUCUUGAAUGACAUAUUAAAGAAUAUAGGCAAACCAUUUAGUGCAAUGACUCCCACGAAAACUAAGGGCCUAAAAACUCAGAAAGCAAUACUGCCCCGGGACAAAGAAGUAGAAAAUGCUAAAGCGUUAGCAAAAGAAUUAACCCAUAAACUUCAAGAGAAUCUGAAAAAGGAGUUCGAUGCCAUAGAACGGCAAAUUAAGUUUAACUUAGAACCUAAAGAUAUCACUCGUGACACUGGUCUUGAAAUUGUUUCUGGGGAAUCAGAUAGUAGCGGCGAUACAGAUAAAAUAAAACAAAACGAAAAAAGUGCAAAUGAAACUAAAGAAACCAAUAAACCGAUGCCUAUGAAACGUUCUUACGUUAGAUUUAAUGUUGACAAAGCUCGUAGGAUCCACGAACAUCUGGACCUGGAUCCCAAUUAUUCAAAGAAUGACGAUAAUGCAGCCAAUAAAGAUGAAAAAUCAAACAAAGAUGACUCGAAAAAUGAAGAAAACGAACAAAGUGAAUCUAAGGAUAAAGACAAAUCUCGUCAAAAUCGUGACGAUGACGAUAGUUCAGCCUCUAAAAAAGAGUCAACUAGUAAAGACCAAAAGUAA